CAUCGUCCAUAGGCAACCCUUUUGUUGCAGUCGAUCGCACUGACAGAGAGAGAGGCAGCCGAGCUAAACGAGCAUUCCAAAAAUGGUGCAGCGGCUCACGUACCGGAAGCGUCACAGCUACGCCACCAAGUCCAACCAGCACCGCAUCGUCAAAACUCCCGGGGGGAAAUUGAUCUAUCAGACCACCAAGAAGAGAGCCAGCGGUCCCAAAUGCCCUGUUACCGGCAAGAGAAUCCAAGGGAUUCCUCACUUGAGACCUGCUGAGUACAAGAGGUCUAGAUUAUCUAGGAACCGCAGGACUGUGAACCGGGCCUAUGGUGGUGUAUUGUCUGGAGGUGCAGUUAGGGAGAGGAUCAUUCGAGCUUUCUUGGUCGAAGAGCAAAAGAUCGUGAAGAAGGUUUUGAAGAUUCAAAAGGCUAAGGAAAGGCAGGCGGAGAAAGGAGCCAAACAUUGAUAGUCGUUUGAAUGAAUUAUAAGAAAUGAGCGAGAUUUUGUCGUUAGGUUUUGUUGAUUGAUGAAUUUGGAUCUGAGAUUUGGGAUGCUUUUAUUGUUAUGUGUUGCUCGUCUACUCGGUUAAUUUCGUUUCAAUGAUAACUAAUUCCCUGUUUCUUCCUUUGUGAUAAUCUUGUUCGUUUAUCUUUAUCUUUUUACUGGUAAAUGGCAAUGCUUCAGUUUGUU